UUGUCUGCAGAAGAGGAUGUAUCACGGCACGUCACGUGACCCGUUAAUUCCGCGUUCCCGACGCUGGGGAUGUUGUCUCCUGCUCGUUCCAUGGAGGCGUGCACGGCUUUGCCUAAGCCAUCCUAGCCGCUUUCCUCCACCCUUCCCCGGCGAAGGGUGCCCUAGUAAACGUCCGCCAUCGAUGACGCAUUGACCGGACGAGUCGCUCCCCCUCCUUUGCCCCCCCCGCGCCCCCUCCCUUUUUCCUCCAUCGUCUGGUUCUCCAUCGAACCUGUCGUCGAAGCAGCGCGGCCGAGCUGGGGGGCAAUCCGGGGAAAGGGAGCCGCGGCGCCGCGCACCGGCCGCCGGAUACCCCUCCGCGACGCGCCACCAACAACAUGCUAACCCGGGUCAAGUCCGCCGUGGCCGGCUUCAUGGGUGGGAUCAUGGCCGGGGGCAGCUCCGCCGGAGGCGGCAACCCCGGCUCGGACCUGCCGCUGAAAUUCCCGUAUAUGAGGCCGGAGUUCUUGGGACUAUCCCCGGAUGAGAUCGAGUGCUCCGCGGAUCACAUGGCCCGGCCCAUCCUCAUCCUGAAGGAGACCAGGAGAUUACCGUGGGCCACCGGAUAUGCUGAAGUGAUUAAUGCCGGAAAGAGCGCUCUGAACGAGGACCAGGCGUGCUGCGAGGUGGUGGUGGUGAGGAGGAGACCCAUGAGCUACUGCCCCCCGUCCACCCCAAGCAGGACCCCGACCGCCAAGAGACGCAACUCCUUGCCCAAUGGGGAGGGCCCUGGGCUGCGCUUGGAGCACGGCAAGCUGGGAGAGGACAACGAGGGACUCGUGUUCCACUACUGGGCCUUGUUUGACGGCCACGCUGGUUCAGGCGCCGCCGUGGUGGCCUCCCGCCUCCUCCAGCACCACAUCGCUUGCCAGCUGCAGGCUGUCAUCGAGAUCCUGCACAACCUGGCCUCUCUGCCGCCCACCAUCCUGGGGGAGGAGCCCGACGGCAACCCCUUCUUGCAGCAGGGCAACACGCCGGGCCCGCACCGCUCUCUGACCCGGGCGGCCUCGCUACGGGGCGCGGCCGGUACACCCGCUUCGCCGAGCAGCACGCCUCCCCCUCCUCGGUUCUUCACCGAGAAGAAGAUCCAGCAUGAGAGCUUGGUGAUUGGAGCUGUAGAGAAUGCCUUUAAAGAGAUGGAUGCUCAGAUAGAGAAGGAGAAGCAAGGCUACAACAUCUCAGGGGGAUGCACGGCUCUCACUGUGGUCUACCUGCUGGGAAAACUCUAUGUCGGCAAUGCAGGCGACAGCAGGGCCAUUAUCAUUAGAAACAAUGAAAUUGUUCCCAUGUCAGCAGAAUUCACGCCAGAAUCAGAGCGACAGCGGCUACAAUUCUUGGGUUUCAUGCAGCCUCACCUGCUCGGAAACGAGUUCACGCACCUGGAAUUCCCACGGCGGGUCCAGAGGAAAGAGGUGGGGAAGAGGAUGCUCUACAGAGACUUUACCAUGAACGGAUGGGCAUACAAGACCGUUGAAGAUGAGGACCUCAAGUUCCCACUGAUAUACGGCGAGGGGAAAAAGGCUCGGGUGUUGGCAACCAUCGGCGUGACCAGAGGGCUCGGCGACCACGACCUCAAAGUUCACGACUCCAACAUCUACAUCAAGCCCUUCCUGUCCUGCCUUCCGGAGGUGAAGGUGUACAACCUGACGCAGUACGAGCACGGCGCCGACGACGUCUUGGUGAUGGGCACCGAUGGCCUGUGGGACGUCCUGUCCAACCAGGAAGUGGCCGAAGCCGUGUCCACCUUUCUCUCCAACUGUGACCCCGAUGAUCUACACAGGUACACGAUGGCCGCACAGGAUUUGGUGAUGCGAGCUCGCGGGGUCCUGAGGGACCGAGGCUGGCGCAUCACCAACGAGCGCCUGGGCUCCGGGGACGACAUCUCCGUCUUCAUCAUACCGCUGAUGUACGGCAACCGUCAGCCCUGAGAAUCCAAGCCCGCAGCUAAAACAACCCGACCCACCACCAAAAACUUGUAUUUUUUUUGGUCUUGUUGGGAGUGAUCCGCCAAAAAAGGGGGGCUUCCUGUCAUCAUUUUUGCAUCCAAUUACUGUAGACAACUGUGCGACAUUUACUCACUCUUGCCUCUUGAGGAAGUAGAUGGUAUUACAACCCAAGACAGGCUUUAUGGACUACUAUUAAUCAACAUAUUUGCCAACCUUGAGACCUCCGAAUUCGGGAGAUUGGGGCGGGGGUUGAAGUGGGCGAGGCAUUGCGGGGUUAAGGGGGGAGGAGUAUAUUUAUAGCUAGAAUUCACUGAAAUUCAAGUAUUUCUUAUAUAUAUAUAUAUAUAUAUAUAUAUAUAUAUAUAUAUAUUAGAGAUGCGCGGAUAGGCAAUUAUUUCAUCCGCAACCGCAUCACAAAAGUCGUCAACCAUCCGCCAUGCACCCGAACUAACAUUUAAUCAAAACCGCACCCGCCCGCCAUCCGCCACCCGCCCGUUGUUAUAUAUCUAAUAUAGACGAUGCAAGGCAUUAGUGAGGUUAUAAAGCCUGUUAAAGAAAGGAGACUGAUCCAAUGCAGCAGAGACAUUCAAUGCGUGCCACGCUGUCACGGCCCAGACGCACACCAGUGCGCAAUCAUCUGGGAGCCGCGCUGAGCGCACCUCCAAGCGCGCUCGCGCCACUCAAACUGCUGCAGGCAGCUGCGUCCACACAUGCAUCUGUAAGCCUUGUUUUAACAUCCUGUGGCACUCUUCUGGGAUCACGGCGGACGAAACUGCUCAUGCUCAGGGUGUUUGUGGAGGUUCGGGGUUUUGCACAAAUGUGAUGCACCAUGUUAGAUGUCCCGGUUUUGUGACUGUCGUAGACAUAAACAGCGUCGCAGCUCUUGCAAAUCACGUAGCCAGCAUUACUAUCAUCCUGAUUUACAACCUCAUAAAAACGAGUCCACGCUGAACUUUUCUGGCCUUUUUUUCCCCUGGUCCUUAGUAUUCCCUUUUUUAGUUUGUCGCGUACCACGUUUGCUGCCGGCGUUGCCAUCUCUUUUUUUUUUCUUCUUCUGUUGUGGCAUAUGCUGCAGGUGCCUGCUCGUUUUUCGUAUGUGGGUAACAACAUUUAACUAUGUAUAUAUAUUUCCCAAUUGGUUUAACUGCCACCCGCCUGAAUCUAUUUAAAAUCUAAUUUUUUUUUAUUUCAACCACCCGACCCGCGGAUAAAAUCUAAUUUUUUUUUAUUUCAACCGCCCGACCCGCGGAUAAUCCACGGACUCCGCGGUUGUGUCCGCAAACCGCGCAUCUCUAAUAUAUAUAUAUAUAUAUAUAUAUAUAUAAAAUAAAUACUUGAAUUUCAGUGUUCAUUUAUUUACACAUAUACACACACAUAACACUCCUCUACUCAUUGUUGUAUUUGAAAGUGCAAUGCUUUGCAGCCAGUAGCACAGCCUUUGAAGGAGCACAGGUAUGGGCAGCAUCUGUGAAAUUUAAUUUGCAGGAAAGGAGUGAGUUUAGGGUUGAAUUGUUCAUCCUCGUUCUAUUCUCUGUCGCUAUCUCUCUAACCAUGCUGAACACCCUCUCUGAUGAUGCAUUGCUGUGUGGCACGCACAAAACUGCCUUCAUCAAAUGCACCAGAGUCUGGAAUCUUCCAUCUCUCCCUAGCAUAACCCCUUCCCCUUCGAGCUGUCCUGGAUAAACGGAAAUUCUUGUUUCCAAUCAUUUUGGAACUUGCAAGCGUACUUCUUCUUCUUACUCGUCGUCGCCAUGACCGUCUCUUCUUCGCUCUUCUGCUCCGUCUCUGUUAUGUUUUUGGACAUUACUACUUGCCGUAGUUUUGAAGCAAUGCCCGAUGGGAAUCCGGAUGUUGUGUGUCAGUGCAUUAACGUGCCGGCUGGAAUAAACACACGCUGAGAAAUAGCUCGGUGCCUGCCUACUUUAUGGGUUAUAGAUAAACCUAUGGAUAACGGAGACAUAUAUAAUAGUCUCCUUCUUGUUGUGUGUGCAGUUGUGCACUGAGCUCCAAAAGCCGUAGAUGUUAUAACGCUGUUUAUAUGGAGGAAAAGCGGACGUGACGCCAGACUGUCCUCACUCAGGUCUGGCUGGAAAUCGGGAGAAAUUCGGGAGAAUGGUUGUCCCGGAGAUUUUCGGGAGGGGCACUGAAAUUCGGGAGUCUCCCGGAAAAUUCGGGAGGGUUGGCAAGUAUGUUAAUCAAUCAGGCUAGGAAAACUUCAUUCGAUGACCGAGCGUCGCGAUUCUUUCACAAAAUAAAAGUUCAAUAUUAUACUCGCUAAAACAUGAUGCUAAAUUUGAAAUGUAAACAUGGCCCUAGAAAUGAAAAUGUAUUCCUGGGGUUUGUUUGCACUUGGACAUGAUUGCACUUUAAUUGGACCCACAAAAAAAAGUUGUGCAUGCAUUGAUUUAUAGUGGGAAACAUUUUUUUCCCCCCCACUUUCUAUAACUUAUCGUACGGCUCGUGUCCUUGUUAUUGUUUUUAUUUAGAUGUGAUUCCGAGGCUCAUGUUCUCGUUUACGGCGCUAUAUCUGAAAUGUUGACGAUGAUGGUUAAACGGCGGCAUGAAAGUAAAAAAAAAAAAAAAAAAGGAUGAUGAGGACGGGUCAUUUCAAGCAUGUGCCAAGGCUGUCAAUCAUGGCAGCCGACUGUUUAGUUUGUCAUUGUUUCUACCUGUCCUCCUGUACAUUCCAUGAAGUGUGUUUUCAUUAGGAUUAUAUUUAUUGAGAGCUUUGUUAUGGUAUCUCGUAAUGUGAAUUUAAAACCGCAGCUCCUCGGGCUUGUGUUGAAUGUUCAUCCUAUACUUAAGUGUCAUUCAGACUUGUUUUUUGCUCUGUUAGAUGAAUGUAAUUUCUUUCUCUCGCCCCCAUCGUGCCACCCAGGAUGGAUUUGUUGAAGUUGCUGUCAUUGAAAUGAACAAAAAAAUAAUAUAUAGCUGUGCUUUAUUAUUUUUUUAAAUUCUACUUCCUGUGUAGCUUCAUUUUAGGAAAUCAGCUGCAAGGGGAUCGAGGCGACCGCGUGACCUUCCUGCUUUGUGAAUGUCUACCUUUUGUAUAACUGAAAGGUUCCUACAGAAGUACAAAAAAAAUAUUUUAAUGUCUCCUUGUGCAUCGCUACUGUUGGGAGGGGCGGGGAUUUCAAAAAAAGUGGAAAAAAAUAAAUGGGAGAAAUGUU